GAAGAGAUGAUAGCAGAACCAACCGUACUCUCCAGAACAGUGCAAAAAGAGAACUCCACUGUAGAUGUCUCUUCCUGUACUUCUAUGAAUAAUGCCAAUGGUGUGGGGAACAAAAACAGACAGAAAAGUACGAGAGGAAAGAGGAAAGCCAGAAAUGGCUCAGAGAAUGCUAAGCAGAAGCAGUCCAGGACUGGCCAUGGUCCACUGGGCAGAGCAGAGAAUGGGCAGAUUAAAAGUAAAGAUAUUGAAGCUGUCACCUUGUUUGAAGUGGUCACCAUGGGCAGGAGUGCCAUGCAGGUUGUAGUGGAUGACUGGAUUGAAGCGUAUAUCAUGGACAGAGAACCAUCUUUGCUUGACCUUAUCAGCUUCUUUAUUCAGUGUUCAGGAUGUAAAGGUGUAGUAACUGCUGAGAUGUUUCAGAGCAAAGAAGAUUCUGAUGUUAUGAGCAAAAUGGUGGAGGACCUGGACGAGAGCUCAGGUUUGCAGUAUAAAAAGUUUCUGGCAUUCCCAUGGAUAUUGACAGUCACAUGGCCCAUGGACAUUGACAGUGGCGAGUACCCCCUGGUUAUGUCUGGUCCAUACUGGAAAAGAUUCCGCUCAAACUUCUGUGAAUUUGUCUCAGUGCUCAUCACUCAGUGUCAGUAUAGUGUGAUCUUUGAUAACUACCUCCUGAAUACACUCAUCUCUCUGCUGACCGAGCUCUCAGCAUCACAUAUGCGUGCAUUUAGACACACCUGUACAUUGGCAGCUGUAAAGUUACUCAGUGCUUUGGUGAAUGUGGCACUUAGUCUAAGUGUUAGUGUGGAGAACAGCCAGAGACUCCAUCAGGUAGAGCUAGCCAAGGCGUCCAGCAAGCGAGCUUUGCUACGACUGGAGAAGAUCCAGAGGAAGAUUACUGAGUUACAGGACAGGAAGCUUGAAAUAGAAGACAUGAUGGAUGCAAUAUUUAAGGGAGUUUUUCUCAAAAGAUACAGAGAUGUGAUACCUGAGAUCAGGGCGAUCUGUAUAGAGGAGCUGACUGUAUGGAUGAAGCUCUACAGUCCAGUGUUUCUGAAUGACACCUACCUGAAAUAUGUGGGAUGGAUGAUGUAUGACAAGCAACCUGAAGUACGUUUAAAAUGCGUGCUGGGUCUGCAGGGACUCUAUCAGGAUGUUAAUCCUAGCCUGACAAUGGACCUUUUUACCAGUCGAUUUAAGGAAAGAAUGAUCUCCAUGACUUUGGAUAAGGAUCAUGAGGUAGCAGUGCAGGCCAUGAGGCUGCUGAUGGCUGUUGCCCUGUCAUGUGAAGAUGUACUUAGCCAAGAUGACUACAAGCACAUAUAUCAGUUUGUGUACUCUACUUAUCGACCACUUGCUACCAUAGCAGGGGAAUUUCUCUAUACCAAGUUGCUUCGAAAUCCUGCGGUUUCAGAACCUGAAGAGGGAACAUCAGAUGAGGAUAGACACCGACAGCUCACCCUGGCUCGAGUCAGAGCCCUCAACCAAUUCUACUCUGAGAGCCAGCUGCACCAGCAUGUACUCUAUCUGGUGGACAGUCUGUGGGACUGUGGGGGUGCUCUGCUAAAGGACUGGCCCUCUCUUACCUCUCUGCUCACAAUGCACCCUGCUUCACCAGAGCAAGGUUUGAGCAGUGCUGAAGAAGAUCUGGUGAUUGAAAUUCUAUUGGCGUCAGUGAGACAGGCUGCUGAGGGACCACCACUAGCAGGAAGAAGCACAGGGAAGAAGGUGAUCAGUUCUAAAGAGAAGAAGCUGCAGAGUGAUGAAUGUGCAAAACUAACUGAACAUUUCCUAAAGGUGCUACCUGAACUGUUAUCUAAGUACUCUGCUGAUGCUGAAAAACUUACCUCCUUUCUAAAAAUACCUCACUACUUUCAAAUGGACACCUGUGGAGAAGAAUUUACUGAGUCUGUGCAGGCAUUGCUGACUGGUCUGAUGGCUGCUGUGAAUACACACACAGAUUCAGAGCUACUGGAAACAGCUGCUCGCUCAUACCAGACCUUCUGUGGCAAUGACUCAUGCUGGCAAAACCUGGCAGCUUCUGCCAUAGACAAACUCGUCCAGAGCUGGACACAUACACUGAGUUCCUGCUUUGAAGAGGCAAUAAGUGAGGGGUUUUUUAAAAAGGAAGAAGACAAGAAUGAAGAAAUUCUGUCCACUAUAAAGAAACUAACUGCUUUCAACAAUGCUCAAAACCUCUCUCAAUGGGGCACUUGUGAUCUGGUCUCAAAGCUCCUUGUGGUUGAAGUGCAGCAUGGAGGACUUCCAGUAAAGAUGGUCAUCGAAGCGCUGCGAUGUGUAUGCUGCUGUAUUCUGUGGAACCUGACCAACUUUGGGGAGGCUGCAACCUCAAGGGAGUCAGUCCUCCAUCAGAGGAGUCAGCUACGAGCUUUUUGUGAAAAAUGCCACCGCAGUCUGACCCACACUGAGCAGCUGGUGAGAGAGCAGGCAUUCAUGUGCUUAAGUGACGUCCUUGUAGCACACAGUUACCAGCUGCAGUUUUGGGAUUCAUCAGCCGGAGCUCCUCUGCUCUACACGCCUGAGCCCAAACUACAGAAAGCUUUGCUCAGCUUCAUACUGGAACACGUCUUCACCAGUCCCGAAACACACACCCACAACAGCACAGGUUCAGGCGGCGAGAUAAAGGGUGGAGAGAGCUGGUUGGAGGACGUGCACAAGCGGAGGAAUCUGUUGGCUGCCUACUGUAAGCUGAUAAUACAUGGUGUGCUUGAGAUGAGUAUGGCGGCUGAGAUCUUCAAGCACUACAUGAGGUAUUAUAAUGACUUUGGUGAUAUUAUCAAAGAGACUCUAAACCGCACCCGGCAAAUGGACAAGAUGGAGAGUGCUCGCACCCUAGUUCUUUGUCUACAGCAGCUGUACCUGCGGUUAAAGCAGGAGCAGGAGAGUGGGAACAUGUGCACCUCAGAAGUGCAGACCUACAGCAGCAUCAAAGAGCUGGCCAGACGCUUCUCACUUACCUUUGGCUGGGACCAGAUCAAAUCCAGAGAAUCUCUGGCUAUGAUCCACAGGGAUGGCAUCGAGUUUGUUUUCCAGGGUUUUGUUCAGCAGACAGAAAAGCACUCGUCUCCAUACCUCUCCUACCUCACUAUCCUCAGUGAGUUCUCCAGCAAGCUGCUCAAACCUGACAAGAAGACCAUAUAUAACUAUCUGCAGCGGUACGCUGGAGAGCAGAGCAUCAGUAGCAGGGACGAGUGUUGGACACCCCUCAUAUAUUACAGAGCAUCUCUACAGGGCACGGCUGAGGGAGAGGAUGCUGUGUCCUUCAUCAGUUCGGACACUAAUAAACAGCCCUCACUCACUAACCACUCCCGAUCCCCCUCCAUCAGGCACAACACCUCUGAAGGUACGAAAGGUUUCCUACAGCCAGGUACAGAAAGAAAAGGGGCCAAACUGCUGAACAGCCAAGAAGUUAAAGCAGCAGAAGUGAGUGGAGUGCUCAGAGAGCAGCCAGACAGCAACAAAACAUCUGACACCAGUUCAAAAGUCAGCACUGAUGAUGUGGAUGUGGACACAGUAGAAGCUGAUAUUUGAUUUUAGGUUGAAAGUCCAUUCUUGUUAGCUUAGUAUUCAGGGAUGUUUAUUGGUUAUAUGGAUCUGCUAGCCUCACUCACAGACAAAUGGUUUCUCUUUAUCAUAUUUAAUAUCACCUCAUCCUGGGGCAGUUUUUAUCUUUAUGAUUACUGUAACUUAUGUUGGUGCUGAUGACACUAAUUGUUUUUCAUUUCUUUAUUGUAAUUUGUGCAGUGCAGAACCUUUGUUGUUAUUGUUUUGCACAAAACUAAGCUAAAGACUUGCAGGGUGCAUUUUGUUUACCUUUGUUGUUACAUCAGGUUUAUUAUGAGACUUCUACUCUGAGGAGCAAUUAGACAAAAGUAUUUUCAACUUUAAAACAAUAUGAAAAAUGUGGGUAAUUAUCCCACUCUGUUUGAUACUGGAGUUUUUGUCUAAGUGUAAGUUAUUAGAGCAUUAAAACUCCUGCCUUUUUUACCUAAUAACUAUAAAUAUAGGAGGGUAAAGUCCUCAGACACACAAAGCCAGAUAGCAGCUCUUUUCAGAUUGCAUUACGCAAUGCCAGAUUAAUCUACAUAAAGGAUUGAACCAACCAUUCCAUAAACACUUUGGUUACAUUCAUGACAGGACAGGUAGUUACUGGUUACACAAGAUUCAUCAGUUAAAGUUCAAUGUGAGUCACUAACAAUUAAGUUGGCAAUUUAAUAUCUCCAAUUCACCUCACUUGCAUAUCUUUGGACUGUGGGAGGAAACCGGAGCUUCUGGAGGAAACCCACUCAAACACAGGGAACAUGCAAACUCUACACAGAAAGGAACUGGACCGUUCCACCUGGGAACGGAACCCGGGACCAUCUUGCUAUGAGGCGACAGUUCUACCCACUGAGCCACCAAGUCACCCUUCAAGUUUGAGUUAAACUGGUGCUUCUUUGAUUUGUAGGGGUUAUAAUAUAUCGGUUAUCAGUUAUAACCAUAGUACAUUAUUUUGACAUAAACUGCUAAUCAUUAAAUGUAUGUCAUUUUGGCUCUAGGAUGUGUGUGAUUACACUGUGUACAGGUUAUAUAUGUAUAAACAAUGUAUAUAAUUGGGAUGGGUUUUUCUAUAGGUUUCAUAUGUCUGAUUUUGUCACCUCCUAAAUUUUUUUAAUUUGUAAUUAAAAUCUGAUAAUGUCAGAUUUUACUCAAACAGGUAAUACAAUAAGUGUAAGUACAUUUAAACAACCACACCACAGAAACAGUGUGCUACAAGUGUCGACAUAUAUUUUUUAUAUUUAAACCAUCCCACCCUAUUAUAUGUAAGAUCUCAAUAAAUGCACCUUAAUGAUAA